AUGCCUCGGUCUCUUCCUAAGCCCAGCUUUGCCUCGCGCGAGCAAGGGGAUACCGAUAACACACCCACAACCCGAACAGCGCCCCCGUCUCCGAAUGCCUACAGACGAUCACAAAGCUACCUCUCCGAAACACACACCGAGUAUCAGUCGCUCGAUGCGCCCUUGGAAAUCACAGAGACAACGAGCCUCCUCGGGUCGGCCCAGGAUGCACGGCGACGAGCUCCCCGACGGUCCUAUACCAGCACUUCUGGGGUAUCGGGUGCAGGCCCAGACUCCUUCCGACACCUUCUGGCAGCCGGCAGCCUGCGGCGCACUCGAAACCAUAGUCGUGCCAACUCCACACACAAGCGGUUAAGUCGACGCGGGAGCAUAGAUGGCGAUAGUCGACCCGCCAGCCUGCCCCCGUCCACGAAGGACAAUUUGACCGCCUCUGCGUUUCUGGAUGAGCGGACGUGGUACGAUCAGUUCACUUCUACGGACUGGGUGCAUGAUAGCAUCGCCGACGGAGCCAGGCUUCGUCUACUGCGCCAGCGGAAAGAUGUGCGAGGGCGACUGCUGGCGGCCUUCGACGGUGCACAAGGGUGGAUUCUGGUUGCGCUUAUUGGAUGCAUCACAGCAUCUAUUGCCUAUUUCGUCGAUGUCACCGAGGGAUCAGUGUUUGAUCUUAAAGAAGGCUUCUGCACGACUAAAUCCUUGCGUAAUCGACGGAGCUGCUGCGAGGGGCUGGCUAUGUGCGAUGAAUGGCGGCCCUGGUCCAGGAUCUUCGGUGCAUCCGAUGACACCCAAUGGGUGGACUUUUUCAUGUUUAUCUUUUGGGUUAUAUCACUGGCGCUUAUAUCAUGUGCUUUGACUAUGCUCACGAAGACUGUGGUGCCAUCGUCCGUUUCUCUUGCUACACUUGAUGAGAACCUGGGGGCCGACUCUAAUGGCUCGAAAUCUGGAAACACAUUCGAUGCCUCGACUUCUCCUCUUUCGGACGAUGCAGAGGUGACUCCGCCGCAUGGAAGUUUACCCAACCGCCCACCGCGUCCAGCUAUGGUGUUUUACUCUGCUGCUGGCAGUGGAGUGGCAGAGGUCAAGGUCAUUAACAGCGGCUUUGUUCUUCAUGGAUAUAUGGGACUCAAGACGCUCAUCGUUAAGACGAUUGCACUGGUCUUUAGUGUGUCUUCUGGUUUGAGUUUAGGCAAGGAGGGCCCGUACGUUCACAUUGCCACCUGCGUCGGCAACAUCUGCUGUCGUCUGUUUGCCAAGUAUAAUCAGAACGACGGAAAACGACGAGAGGUCUUGAGUGCCAGUGCUGCUAGCGGUGUGGCUGUUGCCUUUGGUGCUCCGAUUGGCGGCGUGCUCUUCAGCUUGGAAGAAGUCAGCUAUUACUUCCCGCCGAAGACCCUAUUCCGAACGUUUUUCUGCUGCAUUGCAGCUACCCUGUCUCUCAAGUUCCUCAAUCCGUAUGGAACAGGAAAGGUCGUGCUGUUUGAAGUCCGAUACCUGUCUGACUGGCGAUUCUUCGAGAUCUCCGUGUUCAUAAUCCUUGGUAUCAUGGGUGGCGCCGCCGGUGCACUCUUCAUCAAAGCUUCGAGCCUGUGGGCAAGAUCGUUCCGUCGCAUCCCGGCCAUUAAGCAGGGACCAAUGUUUGAAGUUUUCCUCGUUGCAUUGGUGACAGGUCUGGUCAGCUUCUGGAACCGAUACACCAGGCUUCCUGUCACAGAGCUUCUGUUUGAACUAGCUAGCCCAUGUGAAGCGGACGUGGAGAGCACAGGGCUUUGUGCCCGGGCCGAUGGCAUUCUCGAAAUUGUCCAGGAACUUCUGGUGGCAUUCGUUAUCAAGAGUUUCCUGACCAUUAUCACGUUCGGCAUCAAAGUUCCUGCGGGUAUCUAUGUGCCAUCCAUGGUGGUUGGUGGCCUGAUGGGCCGGAUUGUCGGGCACUUGAUCCAGUACUGGGCCCUUAGACAUCCCACCUUUUUCUUCUUUGAAUCAUGUCCUGCGGGUCCCGGCAUCGAGUCAUGCGUGACUCCAGGAGUAUACGCGUUGAUUGCCGCCGGAGCAACGAUGUGUGGCGUUACCCGACUGUCAGUCACUUUGCCUGUGAUUCUAUUUGAACUGACUGGAAGUCUCGAUCACGUCCUUCCCUUCUCCCUGUCGGUGCUUUGCGCAAAGUGGACUGCAGAUGCUAUCGAGCCUCGCAGUAUCUAUGACCUCUUGACCGACAUGAACUCCUACCCCUUUUUGGAUAGCAAACUCCAACCUACUACGGAUGCCGAGCUGGGAGACAUUGUCCGCCCCGUGCAAAAGAAGCGCAUGAUCGAUAUCUCUGCUUCGCCGUUCCUGCCAGCCCCAGAACUUCGCGCGAAACUGGAACAUCUGCUCAUGGCCGGCGAGCUGGAUAGCGGACUUCCCAUCUUACGUGAUGGGGUUCUAACCGGUUUGAUCCCAGCACCUGAUCUUGAGUACGCUCUUGAUACGCUGGGCGAGGAGGAGGAGAAUACACUCUGUCUGAUGAACAUGGACGCUUCCAUGGCCGUUUAUGACAGCGAGAACGAGGAUCUCGAGCAUGUAGAUUUCAGUAGGUACAUUGACCCGGCUCCCAUUGCUCUUGAUGUGCACUCCCCUAUCGACUUGGUCUACCAAUGCUUUGCCAAAUUGGGCCUUCGCUACCUGUGCGUUACCCAGGACGGAAAAUAUGCCGGCUUGGUGCACAAGAAGUCGUUCGUCAAAUUCAUGAAGGAGAAUAGUGACUAG